UUGCACUAGUGAAGAAACACUGAAGAAACAUAGUAAGACAUGUGUAAGCGUAAACGGAACUCAGGCCACAAAGCUUCCCAAUGCUGGUUCAAAAAUAAAGUUCGGUCAUUAUAGAAAUUCAAUGCCUGCUCCAUUUGUAAUCUAUGCUGACUUUGAAUCUAUGCUUGUUCCUGAGGAAAGAAAAGUGGAAUGUGAAGACCCUGAGGAGAAGAGUUCAACUGAGCUUUACCAGACACAUAAAGCUUGCAGUUUUGGGUUGAAGACAGUGUGUCACUAUGAUGAUCAGUACUCUGGUGAAUAUACGAGUUACGUUGGUGAAGACGCUACAGAGGUCUUUUUGAAGACAGUUCUGAAGGAGUCUAUCAGGUGCCGGGAAAUGGUGAACAAGAUCUUCAAGAAAAAGAUGGUAAUUACACCAGAACAAGAAGCUGAGUUCUGGAUGACAAGGAACUGCUCCAUCUGCGGCAACGACCUAGGUGAUGACAGAGUGAGAGACCACGAUCAUGUAACUGGACUGUUCCGUGGAGCUGCUCAUAAUAUGUGUAAUUUGAAAUAUAGAAUUACAUGGAAACUUCCUGUGGUCUUCCAUAAUCUAAGAGGUUACGAUAGCCAUCUAAUAAUGCAGGAGAUUGGGAAGUUCAAGAUGAAUAUUAAUGUUGUUCCAAAUAACAUGGAAAAGUACAUUUCCUUCUCGUUAGGAAAAAGUCUUGUGUUUAUCGAUUCAAUUCAAUUCAUGGCUUCUUCUCUAGAGGCACUUGUGAAUAACCUUUCAGCUGAAGACUUCAAGAUAGUCAGUCAGCGGUGGCAAGGAGAGGACUUCGAUCUUGUAAGACAGAAAGGUGUAUUUCCCUAUGAAUACUUAGAUGACAUUAGUAAACUUAAUGCUACGGAACUUCCAAGUAGAGAUGAAUUCUACUCGUCUCUAUAUGAGUCUAAGGUGAAAGAAGAAGAUUACCAAAGAGCUUUAAAAGUUUGGGAUCACUUCGGAAUGAAAACGAUGAGGGACUACCACGAUCUUUAUCUAGAGACUGACGUUCUUCUUCUAGCGGAUGUCUUUGAGAAUUUCAGGAAGACUUGCCUGGAAAAUUACAAGCUUGACCCUGCUCAUUACAUCUCAGCACCUAGUCUAAGUUGGGACGCGUUCUUAAAACAGUCAGGUGAGGAAAUAGAAUUGGUAAGUGAUAUGGACAUGUUUCAGUUCUUUGAGAAGGGAAUGAGAGGUGGGGUAAGUCAUAUUGCUCAUAGACACUCCACGGCGAAUAAUAAGUACAUGGAAACGUAUGACGAAGAAGCUGAAAACAAGUUCCUUAUGUACCUCGACGCCAACAAUUUAUAUGGCUGGGGCGAUGUCUCAACCUCUUCCAAAUGGUGAGUUUAAGUGGAUCGAGGAAGUUGACAAAAUAAAUAUAGAUGACUACCUGGGAGACGCUGGAAGAGGAAUGGUUCUUGAAGUUGAUAUGGAAUAUCCAGCAGAACUCCACGAUGAACAUAAUGGAUAUCCUCUAGCUCCAGAGAGUAAGGAAAUUGAUGUGUCAAUGUUAUCAGACUAUGCAAAGGACAUUGCUGAUAAAUUCCAGUUGAAGAUUGGAGGUGUGCGUAAGUUGGUGAACUCCUUAGGUCCCAGGAAGAAUUACGUUCUACAUGUCAGAAAUUUGAAACUGUAUAUGGAACUCGGAAUGAAACUUACGAAGAUUCAUAGAGCAGUCUCCUUCAAGCAAACAACUUGGCUAAAACAGUACAUUGACUUUAAUACUCAAAAACGAUCAGCUGCUAAGAAUGCGUUUGAGAAGAACUUCUUCAAGCUCAUGAAUAAUUCCAUUUACGGAAAAACUAUGGAGAACUUGAGAAAGAGAGUUGAUGUGAAGUUAGUGUCGUCGGAAAACGAUCUCCUUAAACUUACGGCGUCUCCGUGCUUCCAGUCACAUAGAAUCAUGAAUGAGAGCUUGAUCGUGGUAAAGAGACUGAAGGAAGUCCUGACAUUGAACAAGCCGUGUUAUGUGGGAAUGAGUAUUUUAGAUUUAUCGAAAACUCUGAUGUAUGACUUUCACUACAACACGAUUAAGAAGGAAUAUGGUGACAAGUCAAAGCUCCUCUUUACUGACACUGACAGUCUAAUGUAUGAGAUCAAGACUGAUGACGUGUACGAGGACUUCAAGAGAAUCGGUGAAGAGAAAGAUUGUUGGGACAACUCAGAUUAUCCUAAAGAUUCUCCGUAUUACUCAGCCCAUAACAAGAAGGUAAUUGGGAAGUUUAAGGACGAAGCUGAGGGAGUACCAGUGACUGAGUUCGUGGGACUAAGGUCAAAGAUGUACUCUUAUGUGAAGGAGAGUGGUGGAGGUGGAAUGACAGCAAAAGGUGUGAAGAAGUACGUAAUCAGGAAUAAGCUCACUCAUCAGAACUUUAAGAACGUGAUUAAGACCAAUGGUAGAAUGAGACAUAAGAUGAACACAAUCAGAAGCACCAGACAUAAACUUGGAACUUAUCAAUUAAAGAAAAUCACACUCAGCUGUUUCGAUGACAAAAGAUAUUUACUUGAAGACGGUGUUACAAGUUACGCAUAUGGACACCACUCAAUUGGAGACCUAAAGGCUGAGGUGGUGAUUGAAGAAAAACUGGAACCGAGCUGUGUACUAGAAAGGGUUGAACCUCAGAGUGAAUACUUUGAACUUGAGGAUGUAGUGGAAUUAUACGAAGGCCCUCCUUGGGAAGAUUUAGGUCCAAAAGAAGAGAAACAUAUUUCUAGACCAGAAUACAAAGUUGUGAUUCCACAAAGGAGGGGGAAGUUCAAGAAGUCAACACCGUUAAGAAUAAGUGUAACAGAAAUGAACCACCUAAGAAAUAAAUACAAUGCACUAUCUGAAGAUGAAAAGAAAAAGCUAAGAGCAGCAGUAAACGCAAGAACAUACGCACUCGGUGUUAGAGGAACAAGAACACCAGGAAGUGCAAAAAUAACCGUGAGUGGAUAUUGAGAAUUAGAGAAUUUAAUAGGAAUAAAAAUGAUGGUAAAAAAGACCAGAUAAAAUGGUCUAGAAAAAUGAGGUAAAAAAGACCAGAAAAAAAUGGCCUAGAAAAAAUGUGUUUGUUUGUUAAUGUUUGUAAAGCUAAUAAUAAAUAAGGGGGAAAAAAGAAAAGAAAAAUAUGAGCCCGCGUUGGUUGGGGGAAAAUAUGGAAACCGCUGACCGGAAGUUGGGUGAGAUCGCGGGCCGAAAAAGUGGUCUAGAACCCUUAUUCCCUAUACUACUGUGUUUAGACCAAUUCAAAGAUUGAUUCCGUUCGAAAUUCUAGAAACAUCAAGAAACGAUCGUAGAGAUGAUAAUUCCGAAGGACAAUUGAAUGAAACGAUUGUAGAACUGCCGGAGAUCGAGAACAGUGAUGAAAACAGGAAACAACGCAAUGAUGGACGAGUUAGGAGAAAAGCAGCGAUCGAAGGGCAGAACUUGCGAAGAGCUCGUGAACAAUAUUAUUAA